GAUAAAUUAAACUGAUUGGUGAAUUUAUUUGAUAGAGCAAGAAGGAUUGUUUGAAUAAGUAAAUUGUAACAAUCUUCAAUGAUAUAAAUGAUGGCGUAAUUUCGGAAAUAAUAGAAAAGUAUGAAAUGAGAAUGAGAAAAACUCGUCUCCAUUCAGCGAGGGGGAUAAGGAUAAACGUAUCUCGCGACGUGAGAAAGGGAGAGAGAAAGAGAGGACGAGCAGUUUAUUUAAAGCAACGAAUUUCCAAGAGGUGCCAUACUCGAUCCAGGGGAUGUUCUUGCGAUAAAGGAUCGACCGAUACGCGGAGUGACGUAGUGGGGGAAGCACGACAAGCUGAUGAUACACGGUUAGACAGUUUAACGACUUGAAACAGAAAUAUCUGGCGAAAGAGAGAAAAGGAAAGAGAGAGAGGGAAGGAUCGUCUCUUCUAGAAUAACACUUGUGGUCUGCAUGGCGACGCGGCGCCUCGGCAGAGGACGAAGAGGAUAACAAGAGGAGACAUCUAUUCGCGUAUACAACGAUUCAUUCAAGAUCUUCCCUUCGAGGAUUUUUUUAUAAGCCUUCUUAUCAAUGAUGGGGAAAAUUUAAUAAUUAAAUUUCGACAAGUCUACUUCGAGGUCUCCAUCGAUCGAUACUUUUCGCCACGAUGAAUAACUUUGUAUUCAUUUGUAUUUCGUUCGAGAAAGCUGUUCGAAUGAGAGAUGAAUCGGAUAGUUGGUUCUCACGAGUUUCCUGGAAAUCGAUGGAAUUGAUCGAUACAAAUGUGAAGAAAGAGUCGAAUUUAACGGGGUCAGAGGUGGUCGUCCACACAGAGUCGAACGAGAUCUCGCUAACGAACUUGAAAGUAUCUUCGAGCAAAGCCGGAGACAGCCGGGAGAGGAUCCGAAAAUAUGGUUUCGAUUAUUGCUUCGACUCGUCGAAUCCAGUUGCGCAGAAUUUCGCGGACCAGGCAACCAUUUACCAAACACUUGGCAGGACUGUUCUGGACAACGUUUUCACCGGUUAUAAUUCCUGCCUGGUGGCGUACGGGCAAAGCGCGUCCGGGAAAACUUACACCAUGAUGGGGACCAAGGAGGAUCCGGGGCUCACGCCACGCCUUUGCGAGGGAAUUUUCGCGAGGAUCGAGGAGGAGAGGAGGAACGAGAGAAAUUAUGGGGUUUCUGUCAGUUACUUGGAGAUAUACAACGAGAGGGUGAGAGAUCUUUUGAAGCCGUCCUCGAGCGCGGGGGGAUUGAGAGUUCGCGAGCAUCCUCGACUCGGCCCUUACGUUCAAGGUUUGACGCAUCACGCGGUGCGCACCCUGGGCUCGUUGAUGUCCUGCGUGGAGGAGGGGACGAGGGCACGGAAGACAGCGUCCACGUUGCAGAACCCGAGCAGCAGCCGAAGCCACGCUCUGCUCACGAUCGUGGUCGGCGAGGGAAGCGAAGAAGCGUCGUCCUCGAGGAGGAGGAGGCCGUCCCGCGGCGGCAGCAAGCUGCGUCUCGUCGAUCUGGCGGGGAGCGAGAGCGCGGCUACCUGCGGUGGCGUUCAUCGGCUGAAGGAGGGCGCGAAUAUAAACAAGAGUCUAGUGGCGCUGGGGAACGUAAUAUCGGCCCUUGCGGAGAGGCCAGGAAGUGGCCCAGGAAGGAGGUUCAUCCCUUACAGAGAUUCUUCGCUUACUUGGCUGUUGAAGGACGCACUUGGCGGAAAUGCCACUACCAUUAUGCUCGCCACUAUCUCGCCAGCGAGCGGAAGUUACAACGAGACAGCCCGCACGUUGCGAUUCGCGCAGAGGGCGCAGAGCGUGGUCAAUCGGCCGAUGGUCAACGAGGACCCGGUGGCGAAGAUCGUCCGUGAGCUGAGGGCGGAGGUGGCCAGGUUGAAAUCCUUGCUCGUGGAAAAGAACACGGAUCCGGACACGAAGGUGUUGUGCCGUUGCCGGAAGGGAAUUCGAGCAGAGUUGAUCGGCACGGAGGGAGUCGGAUCGUGCGAACGAACCGCGGAACGGAGUUGGAAGGAGGAGGGGGGGAUAGAAUCGAUGGCUAAGGCCGCCUUCCCCCUUCAAAGAUCCAAUUCCACGGACACGCAUCACGUCAUCUCCCCCCGUUCGGGGAAGAGAUUCGGUUCCCUGGAAUUUUUCGAGAGCGAUCGUUUCGCGGCCGGCUACAACCGAGCUCGGGUGACGGAGUUGAACGAGGAGGAGGGGGCCGGCGAGGAGGCGAGCGAAUCCGUGUUCGUCGACAUACCGACCUUGGUCGCAGUCCUGAUCAAACCUGACGAUAACCCCGACGAGCCCUCGGCGCGGAUCGAGGAGAUCUACUCGGACGAGGUGGUGGACGAAUCGUCGAACGACGUGGACGAGUUUGUCGAAGGGGAAGGUCGAAAGGGGACGCACGAGAGAAAUUCGCCCGACGACGGGAGGAUAUACGACGAGAGAAACGCGGGGCAGAGGAAGCGAAAGUUUCGCAAGCAGGACUCGGUGGACGCGAUCCCCCCGCUCACGAAUUUGCACGCGUCGAGGAAGUUGUUCGGCUCGGUGGAGGCGAUCCAGAGGAGGGAUCCCGUGUUCCCGUUGGAGAGGUCUUACACGAGUUUGGAGAAACGGCCGGCCUCGUCCACGGUUCCCGACCGCGUGGCGAAGAAGUUGAACGACAUCCGGGAGGUGGAGGAUCGAAGGAAGAAGAAUUGGGGAGGUAAGCGGGGGAGCAACGAGCGGCUGGAGCGUAAGGGGAGCAACGAGUCGGACAGGGGAGUGGCGCAAAAGGCGGAGAUAAACGAAUCGAACGGGUGCAGGGCGAGGAGCUACGCGAGGAAGCCCAGUUUGGAGAGCGUGAGGCGGAAGAGCAGCAAGGACAGCAGUUCGAGCAGCUCGAAGGACGAGCAGAUCUCGAUCGCGGGUCGGGGCGACAAGUCGUCGAGCAGGAAGAAUUCGUUGGAUCAGGAAUCCUCCUCGAUCCUCAAGAACCAUCACACCCCUAUACAGAGGGUGAAGCGCGCAGAGAUCGUGGCAGCCGUCACGGAGAGAUUGUACUCGAGCAAGAGGAGCGCGGAGGAUUCGCCUGGGAUGCGUUCCCCGACGGGGGAGGCGUCGACGGCCGAGGGGGGGACGAGAUCCGUGGCCAGGUUGAAGCUGCAGGAGAUCUCGAGGAAGAUGUUGAUGGGGAAACGUAGACGGGUGAGCGUGGACACGCAGACGGAUUGCUCGAGGACCGUGCGAAUGAGGGACACGGCUUCCCUCACGGAUACGUCGCCGAUCGCUCGUCGCGACGUCGCGAUCUCGACGGAUCACCGUCAGCUUUGCGAGCACCGGUGGGACAAGGGGUUGUCCGGGCCCGUGUUGAGGGUGAAGGAAAUGGCCACCUCGACCGACAAACCGAGGACGGUCGUGAGCGUGGUCAGGUGCAGGGACGUGGCCAGCUCGGCGACCGAUCUCGAGGACUACGACGGGGUUGUUAACUCGCCGCGGAACGAUUCCGGCAUAUUGUCGGACGACGGCCAGAAUUACUACGCGGAGAGCAGCGAUCCGAGCAGCGUGGACGUGUCCGUCGAUUUUUGCCAAGAGGGAGGGCGGGGGAGGGCGGCGUGCACCGAAAGUUGCACGAACACGAGCGCGUUCUCCACGUGUCGAAGUUUCGCGGUGCAGACGCUGCGACGAAUGGAUCCACCUGAAUCCUUUCCAUUCGCUUGCUCGAGGCGGUGUUGUUCCGUGGACGAACAGCAGCGAUGCGGGGAGAGGAGCGUCAUCUCCAUAUCGUUGCCCGACUCGGUGAGCAUCACGAUCGAGAGCGGGAGUCGGGGAUCGGGGAUCGUCUCGACGAGGGUGAAGGGUGGGGGCGAGGGUGGAGGCGCGACCAAGGACGAGAGCGCGCAAACGAAAGCAGGGGGGGAGACGACGUCGCCUGCGUUGGAUCGGACCGCAUCGACGCCCAGCCAGACCGACGGCAAGGUGUUCAGGAUCGAGAACAUCUUUCACGAUCCUAACAACGCGGUUGAGAGGAGUUAUUGUUCGAGGGCGGGCUCGAAGAGUAGUCCUCGAGGAGGAGCGGGGGGCGAGGAGCGGGCCAGGAUCGGGAAUUCCAUUACCUUGAGGAAUUCCCUUGGCACGUCGUCCCAGGAGGAGGAGGGGGAGGAGAUGAUGGGGGGGCACGAGCUGGAAGGAUUCAUCGGAGAAGGUUUGAUCACCGAGGCGUUCAUCAACCGGAAGCGAAGUUUCAGCUCGAGGAGGGAGCACGUUUACCGGGAACCGUCGAGGAGUAUUUUGUUCGAGGGGGCGAAGGAAACGGAGGUCUCACCGUCGUUCUGGCAACUAGGGACCCCGUUCGAAACGAAUCGUGACGUGGCGUGUUUUCGCCCCUUUGGAACGAACGAUAAUCACGAUCACGGUUUCUCGGACGACAGUUUGGAUUACAACGAGAGCAACGCGUCCAGCGACGACCCGACGACGUCGUUGUUGAAAGCGAAGCAGCAGCAGGGGAUGGGGCGAGAGAGGGAGAAUUUUUGCCCGCCCGACGUGGUGGCGCACACAAAGAAAUCGAUGGAAACCGAUCCCAAGAACGAGCCCGUUGCCGAUUUCCAACGCGAAUUCCCGAAAACCAGGAAUCCCGCCAAAUUGGCCGAAAUCGUGGCCCACAAAGCGCACGAGUCCCUCACGAUUUUCGCGGGCAAACCGUUUCGUAACUACGGAGGGGGAGGGAUGGACGAAUCCGACAACAUUGUUUCCCCGAACAAUUUCGGAAGGAAGAAGAAGGUGUCUUUCUCGAGUUCCACCACCGUCUCCGAGAAGAGGUUCGACUCGAUCGGGAUCCUGAAGCCGAUCAUCAAGAGGAGAAGGAGGAGGAACGCGGCGGCCGACGAAUCGCCGAACCCUGUCCAUUCCUCGAACGAGGAGACCGAGGAGGACUCUAAGCAAGAGAGAAGGGGAGAGUUGAUAUCGAAGAUCGGUUGGAGAGAGAAGACACGAUCGGGCCACGGCUCAGAGGAGAGCAAGGAGGAGGAGGAGGAGGAGUUGGCGUUCGAGGAAGAGGAAAGUUCGAGGAAGAAGAAUCGGAGGAAGGUGAAGUUCUUCGCGGACGAGUCGUCGGAGAACACGUGCAGCGAGUCGGAGAGUUACGAGAACGUGGAGGAGGAGGAAGAAGAAGAGGAGGAGGAGGAGGAUAGAAACGUUUUUCUGGAGGAAUAUCUUAGCGAGGCGAUGACCUUGAUGCGAAAUCUCAACUCUGGGACGAGCACGUGUCGCGCGUAUCGAAGCGGAACCCCUUCCUUUCGGAACCAUCCCCCGAAAUUCACGAUCGAUCGGCGAGGCGAGGGAUCGACGAAUCGAGCGGCUCGGCGGAUCCCCGACUUGUCGAUCGACGCGUCGACAGGGAUCUCGUACGAGAGGUGCGUGAAGGGUAUCCAGAGGCUGGAAGACUGCAUACGAAGGAUCGACAGGCACAACGAGUUGCUGAAGGAGAAGUACGGGGUCGAUUGCGAAUCUGCUGGCUCUAGACCGGAUCUAGCGAAUCCCAGCACGGAUCCUCAUCGCUCAUCCAACGACGAUGAAGACGAUUCGAAGGUUGUGGACGGGGCGAGGGAAGUCGGUUCGAAAAGCAGCUCCAGCGUCGCGGAACGGAAGGAGGACGAUUUGGAGAGGAAGAUCUUCGAUCAACUGAUGAACGUGGCCAAUUCCAUCCGAUAUCCACGCUCCAACGUUGCACCCCCCUGCUCCACCAAUGCCAAAUUCCGCCAAGAACCGCGAGAGUUUAGAGGGAAUCUGAGCCUCGAGGAGAGCGACUCGGAUCGCCAAGACUUCGCCACUUACGAAAUUACGGGGAACCUGUCCGUGGGCAGGAAAUGCCGUUUCACGGAUCGGAACAGCGACACGGAUUGCAACAGUUUGGACGAGGACUUGUUGCCUCCCAAAAGAGGCUUCGAUCGUUUUUCUCGAUCGGGGGAUCGUUUCACAAUUUUCGGGGAACGCGAUGACGAUCUCUCGAGCACGAGCAGCUACAAUUUUCCCGCGAGACGCGAGGCUGGGAUUAGGAAUGGAGAUCGGGGAAGGGGAGCAAGUUCUCCCGCGGAGAAAGGGUGGAGAAGAUUUCGAGGAACGGACGAUUGUUCGCGAUGGGGGACGUUGAGGUGGGAUCAGGGGUGGUGCAGGGGGUGCGCGCGGGGUUCGAGAGAUCGGGCGGAUGUCGAGGCCGGCGUCGAGGCGAGGGACAAAUUGAGAUCGCCGGCGAGUCCGAGGGCGAGGUUUCUCGAGCUUUUGCGGGAGAGGCGGCGGAUCGUGGAAUGCUGCCGUGGCGCGAGUGCCUCUUGAACGGAGCCCCUCCAAUUGUAAAAUUCUAUUUUUCUAUUUUAUUAACGCGAGGCGAGGCAUAUUUCGCUCUAUAUAUAUAUAUCUUGUAAAUAUAAACUCGAAUCUUUUGUAAACCCCCUCCGUGCGUGAUUUAACUUAUUCGCCUUUUGGAAUGUAUGUAUCCCGGGGUGGAAGAACUCCGGUUGGUAAUUCUUAAUCAAAUUACAUUCUGUAAGAAAGAAAGAAAGAAAGAAAGAAAGGAAGGAAGGAAGAAAAGAUGUGGUUUUUAAUUCGAUAACUCGAAGAAAGUUUACACACCGCCUCCCUUAAUUAUAUACGCGCGUAUUUUUUUAUGGUUUUAUUUUUCGAUGUAAAAAUCAAAAAGAAAGAUUUAACUUAUUCGCCUUUUGGAAUGUAUGUAUGUAUCCCGGGGUGGAAGAACUCCGGUUGGUAAUUCUUAAUAUCAAAUUACAUUCUGUAAGAAAGAAAGAAAGAAAGGAAGGAAGGAAGAAAGAAA